AUGGGCUGUUACAAAAAGGGAUAUCCUAUUCGUGGUAACUUAUGGACUGGAUCGCCAAGGAGGAAUAACAAGCAUAACGCUGUUUCGGAUCCGGAUCCGGAUCCUAUUGAGUCGGUUCAGGAGAAGCCAAAGCGAGCGCGUGGAUCGUUGAAGCAAGAGGAAAAUGAAGUACCCAAGAAAACUAGGGCUUCGAGAAAGAAAAAUCUGGCAGAUAUCGUCGAUAAAGAAGAGGAAUUGGAGGUGGAAGUUGAGAAAAAGGUCAAUUCUAGGGUUGGGAGGCCCCGGAAGAACGCAAAGGAAGAGUUUCCGGAGGAGAAAGAGGUCAACCCUAGGGUUGGGAGGCCUCGGAAGAACGCGAGUAGUGCAAAGGAAGAGUUUCCGGAGGAGAAAGAGGUCAACCCUAGGGUUGGGAGGCCUCGGAAGAACGCGAGUAGUGCAAAGGAAGAGUUUCCGGAGGAGAAAGAGGUCAACCCUAGGGUUGGGAGGCCCCGGAAGAACGCAAGUAGUGCAGUUACGAAUGAAGAGCAAGUCUCGGAGGAGGAGGAAAAAGGCAACUCUGGGGUUCGUAAAGGUAGCAACAGUGAGAGUAUCCAGCNUUCGUCGGAGAACUGGAUAAUCCAGGAUCUAGGGUCUUCCAACGGCACCUUAUUGAACUCGGAAAGUAUCGACCCAGAUACUCCCGUCAAUCUUAGCCAUGGCGACGAAAUCAAGCUUGGUGAGUACACUUCCAUUGUGGUGAACUUCGUGAGUGAUGUUCAGACGCCGCAGGAGCAUCAGCUUCCGCCCAGGCCAAGGAGGAAUAACAAGCAUAACGCUGUUUCGGAUCCGGAUCCGGAUCCUAUUGAGUCGGUUCAGGAGAAGCCAAAGCGAGCGCGUGGAUCGUUGAAGCAAGAGGAAAAUGAAGUACCCAAGAAAACUAGGGCUUCGAGAAAGAAAAAUCUGGCAGAUAUCGUCGAUAAAGAAGAGGAAUUGGAGGUGGAAGUUGAGAAAAAGGUCAAUUCUAGGGUUGGGAGGCCCCGGAAGAACGCAAAGGAAGAGUUUCCGGAGGAGAAAGAGGUCAACCCUAGGGUUGGGAGGCCUCGGAAGAACGCGAGUAGUGCAAAGGAAGAGUUUCCGGAGGAGAAAGAGGUCAACCCUAGGGUUGGGAGGCCCCGGAAGAACGCAAGUAGUGCAGUUACGAAUGAAGAGCAAGUCUCGGAGGAGGAGGAAAAAGGCAACUCUGGGGUUCGUAAAGGUAGCAACAGUGAGAGUAUCCAGCAAUUGGGUUUGAAAUCGAUCAAAUUGGAAGUUGAAGAUACCCCAAAGAGAGUAGAAAUCUCAGAGGUAAAAAGCAGGAAGAGAGUGACAAGGAGCAAGCAGAUUGAGAAUGUAAAGACUGAGGACACUGUUUUAGAGGUUAAUGAUGAGAAGAGAGCUACAAGGGCUACCAGAAGCAAGAAGACUGAAAUUGGUGGAGAUUCCUUUCUGGAGUUGGAAAUGGUCCUCGGCCUAGCCCGGAAAAGCCGUGCAAAGAGGAGGAAAAUGGAGCAGGAGCCGUCCAAGAACGUUGUGGAGAUGGAAACUAGAAAUGAUGAUGCCGGAGAAGAGGUUUUGAAGAACUGUCAUGUUGAAGAAGAUAAGGAGAAUGAAGCUCAGGGAGGUUGUAGUGAAAGAAGUGAUGACAAAUGUGAUAAAGAAGAUGAGAGAGAAGGUGAUGGAUCUAAGAGGGUGGAGCAGGUGGAGACUGAGUUAAGCAAGAAGCGCACAAUAGGAGAAGGUGACCUGAACUAUACUGUUAGAGAAGAUGGAAAGACUGAGAACUUGCAAGAUAUUGUAGAAGAAAAUUUGAAUAAAGCUCAGGAAGGUUGCAGUGAAAGAAGUGAUGACAAAUGUGAUAAAGAAGUCGUGAGAGAGGUUGAUGGGUCUAAGAGGGUGGAGCAGGUAGAGAUUGAGUUAAGGAAGAAGAGCACAGUAGGAGAAGAUGACCUAAACUGUACUGUUAGAGAAGAUAGAGAGACUGAGAACUUGCAAGAUAUUGUAGAAGAAAAUGGAAAUAUAUCUCAGGAAGGUUGCAGUGAAAGAAGUGAUAAAAAACGUGAUAAAGAAGAUGAGAGGGAAGGUGAUGGAUCUAAGAGGGUAGAGCAGGUGGAGAUUGAGUUAAGGAAGAAGAGCACCAUAGGAGAAGAUGACUUGAACUGUACCGUUAGAGAAGAUGGAGAGACUGAGAACUUGCAAGACACUGAAGAAGAAAAUGGAAAUGAAGCUCGGGAAGGUUGCAGUGAAAGAAGUGAUAAAGAAGAUGAGAGGGAAGGUGAUGGAUCUAAGAGGGUAGAGCAGGUGGAGACCGAGCUAAGGAAGAAGUACACCAUAGGAGAAGAUGACCUGAACUGUACUGUUAGAGAAGAUGCAGACACAGAAAACUUACAACAAAUUGAAGAAGAACGUUGUGACGAGGAAAGAGAGUGUACGGUUGAGGACGCUGGAAUUGCGACAUUAGAUGAUGAUUGUGAAGAGGAAAAGGUUGAGCAGGGAUCAAGCAAUAGGGAUGUAGAGAGGGUAGAAGUAGAUUUAGGGAAAAUGACACUAAGAAAUUGGUUUGAUUCCAUGGAAGCUCAACUGCCAAAGCAGACAUUUGAAGAGACAGAAAAGAUGAUCGAGCCCAUGAGAAGUAAGACUUUGAGAGUUUACAAGCAUAUUGCAGAGCAAAGGGCAAAGGGCGUGUAAGUUGAUUUGAUCAUUCCUUACAACAUCCCAUUUUGCUAAGCUUCAUGAUAUGUUUUAGGAUAUGUUCUAACUUAUACCUGAGAAUACUUUGAUCUCAUUGUUAAGUUGCUACUGGCUUAUAAUGUGAUUUCUUCAGGUAUGGUAGCAAUCUUGUUAAGAAAAAUUGAAUGACAAAAGCUUCCUUGAAAGCAUCUGUAUCUAUUACUCAUUUUGUGCAAUGUAGAUCAUGCUUUUGUGUGUUGUGACUGCUA